AUGAACCUCCGUGUCAUUGAUUCUAUGGCAACCAGUCACUGGUUUGCUGACAGUCGCAGCAAAAGAUUGAAAGACUAUCAAUUCCUUGAAAACAAAGUCAUGAUCCAAAUGAAGCAAAACAGUGCCAGCAUACCAAUACUCACAGCAAUUAUAGCUGUUCAGGAGAGUAGAAAAGCAAUACAGCAAGCCAACGACGUCAAUUACUACCGUGUCGCAAUGCUGACAAACUACGGGGCUUUGUCAGUCUUUGCAACGGUGUAUAUUCCACCAUCAUUCGUUGCCGGCGUUUUUGGUAUGAAUGUAGCGGAACUCAAUUCUGGAAUUGGUGUCGAUAUUUGGCUAUACUUUGCUAUCAGCAUACCUGUCACGAUAGCAUCAAUGGUUCUAGUAUGGAAAUGGGAAUGGUUGACAAGAAAAGUUAAAAACUUUCGAAUCAGACCUAAUAAUAACUCCAGCCCGAGAAAAACCGUUCCAGUAGCUCUUUUCUCCGUGGGUAGAAUGACAACCGGAAUCGGAAAGCCGAGAGAUAUUCAGAUUGACCAUGAUUUGGAGAAAUGUGUCACUGGCACUCGGACGUAG